AUUGGAUUGCCGGGUGUUGAUGGGGACGCGCUACGGUUGGACCAGACAGUCAGUGAGAAGCUCGUGCGCACACUCGCGAGAACAAACAAUCUCAACCAAUGCACGCUGGGCCUACUGUCGGAUGCGUCCCGGUUUGUGAUACGUAGUCUAAAUGCGGGAUCUUGCACUGAUAUCACCGACGAUGCUCUAUCGGAGUUGUCUCGGCAUCAGCUUAGAG